AUGUCUUCCUUUGAUCCCACCAGCGUCAACCUGGACACCGCUGCCGAAGAGGAUGUUCUAUGCUACUUGGCGAUCUCUGAAAACGACUACAAUGGCCACAUCGGUGCGCGUAUUUCGUCCAUUUUCGUGAUUCUCUUCGUCUCCUCGGCCUUCACCGUCUUUCCCGUCAUGUCAAAGCGCAUUCCCGGAUGGAAAAUCCCCCACGGCGUGUACAUCUUCGCCCGAUACUUUGGCACUGGUGUUAUCGUGGCGACCGCCUUCAUUCAUCUCCUUGACCCAGCCUACAAACGAAUCGGGCCCAAGACCUGCGUCGGUCAAUCGGGAUACUGGGCUGAAUAUUCCUGGUGCGCAGCGAUCGUGUUGGCCUCGAUCAUGGUGAUAUUCCUACUGGACCUGGCCGCAGAAGUCUACGUCGAGCAAAAGUACGGAGUGCACAAGGACGAGUCCGCCACCGAUGUCUUCAUCUCCCACGAGCACCACCUGGACGUUGAACCCGCCCCCGACGCAGAAAAGAACCCGCAAGCUCCCAACGCCGAGCGAAAGCAGGCUGAUGCAUGGGACUCGGGUGCAGUUUCAGACGGUGACCUGGAAAUUGCCGAGCGAUCAUUCCGCCAACAAAUCUCCGCCUUCCUCCUUCUCGAAUUCGGAAUCAUCUUCCACUCCGUCAUCAUAGGGCUGAAUCUCGGAGUCACGGGUUCCGAAUUCGCAACACUCUAUCCAGUCCUCGUCUUCCACCAAUCCUUCGAAGGCCUCGGUAUCGGCGCUCGAAUGUCCGCAAUUCCCUUCGGAAAACAUACCUGGCUGCCCUGGAUGCUGUGCGCGGCGUAUGGACUGACUACCCCGAUCUCCAUCGCCAUCGGUCUGGGUCUCCGAACUACAUACGCGCCAGGCUCGAAGGUGUCACUCAUCAUUCAGGGUGUUCUGAAUGCUGUGUCGGCGGGUAUCUUGAUUUACAGUGGUCUUGUCGAGUUGCUGGCGAGGGAUUUCCUGUUCGACCCGUGUCGGACUAAGCGUCGGUCUCGUCUGCUGUUUAUGGUGUUCUGUACGCUUCUAGGGGCGGGGAUUAUGUCUUUGAUUGGGAAGUGGGCUUAA